AUGCAAGAUUCGAGUGAAAUAGAAAAUCUUCCAGAAUACAUGUCCACGAGAAGUGAAACGACUGUUCGGACAUUCGAACGUCGAUGUACAACUAAACGGUUGAGUGCAAUUGAUAUUGAAGAUGAACAAGAAGGAUUAAAUGUCUUAAACAAUCGCUUCGCAAGUUAUCUGGAGAAAAUCAAAGAGCUAGCUGAUCUUAACAUUAUUUUACGCACUCAAAUCGACAAUUUUCAUCAAACGUACAAACCAACUCAACUUUCGUUUCAAACCGAACUUCAGAAACUUCGUCGGCAAUUAAAUCAAGAAUUGCGCCAAUACUUGGCCUCACAGUUGCGUUUAGAACGUGCUGAAUACGAUCGAAAGUACUACCGAAAUAAACUACAAUUGUUUUCUUCAACGCAACAACUUCAAACCUUGCAACAGAAACUCGAAGCCGAUCAGUUCGAACUAGGUUUUCUGAAAGAACACUACGAAAAACAACAACAAGACAUACAGUUGAAUAAAAAGCUAUACGAUGAAUAUGUAACUAAAUUGAACGUCUACACACAUGAUUAUACGAAUGUCAUUUUUGAUCGGAUGAAAAUCGAGAAUUAUCUAUUCACUUUGAAAGAACAGAUCCUAUUCGAACAAGAAUAUAAUCGACGAUGUCAACAAGAAUUCGAAUCUCUGGAGAAAAUUCAAAGUGAUUCAAAUAAUUAUUUUACUAAAACUGAAUUGGACAAAACUUUAGAGAAAAUUCGUGAAGAUUAUCAAAAGUAUAAUCAGACUCAGAUUACUGAAUUAGAAAUGUUCUAUCAACUAAAAGUCGAAUCAUUCCGGCAAGAAGUUCAUCAAGAUGAAGACAAACUAUCUUCUUCAAACAACUUAAUCGAACAAAACCAAUUACUCGAGAAGCAAUUCAAACAUUUACAAGUAGAUCUCAGGCAACUUCGCGAGUACAAUCAACGGGAAAACGAAGGUUUAAAUGCUACAUACCAUCAAUUACAAACUCAACUCUUGGAAUUAGAAUCUCAUGUUCAAUACUCUCGCAGUAACACUACUCAUCUCACAUCGGAAAUCGAUACAUAUCGAUGUUUACUUGUUAAUCUAAUUCCAUCAUCACAGCGAAAACUCGUGAAAAUUUCCUCGAUUAAACGAAUAACUGGCUUUACUGUCUAUGAAGUUCAAGGAAUGAUUUGGGUUCGAAUUUAA